AACAAACUAAACAUACAGACAACAAACAAAAACAAAAGUUCAAAGCUGCAUUUGUAGUCGAUCUCAAGCGAUUGCAGCUCGAGCAUACAGUGAGGAGAAUGUCAUACGACACUUUAACAAGCAAUGGAAUGGUGCCGGUAGCUCGACGCACAACGCGUUCGAUGAAGCCAAAGCGAGCGACGACCAAACGUGGCUCAGAUGCGCCAGUGAAGCCCAAUCCGGGGCUAGAACUGAAGCCAGCGCAGCAGCGCGUAUUUCUUUAUAUACAGCUAAAGAGCAUAACACUGCCGACGGUGUCGUAUCCGCUGGAGCUGCAUCUGUAUCAUGCCAACAAUACGCUGCAGACAAUGUCGGAGCAUUAUACGACGCAAACAAUUAUAAAGCAGGAGGAUUUUGAUGCACAGCGGCCAACGUUUGCCAUGGGCAUAAUACAAGACAGUUUGGAUGAGCUGAAUGCGUUUAGCGAUAAUCCGCUGGUUAUAUCGAUGUACGCAAGGAUUCCACGACAUCGCAAGGGCACGUUGAGGAAAGUGCAUGAGGUGCGCACUUCCGCGUCGAGUGCGCAGCUCCAUAAAUUGUCGCAAACUGUAACCGAGACAGAUAAAAGCGCUGGCGAUUGGCUGGAUCUAACGCUGGAGGGCGAAGAUGCUGGCGAGGAGGCUGCCGACUAUGUGCCCGAGCAUUUGGAGUUUAUAUCACGUGGUCACUGCGAUCUGUUGCAGCUGUUCCGACACAAUCGCUUCAUAGCCAACAUACCCAUUUGGCUAUAUCCGCGCUACGACAAGCAGCUGCAAACGGCCACGUGCCAGAAGAUUACAACAACAAGCGACUGGCACAUGUACUCCAUACUGCCCAUGCUCAAGAACUUUAGCUUCUGCAAUUUGGCGUUCAUAACACUCGAGUCGAUCUAUAAUGCGCCCCCAGAGCUGAGCAGUCGCGCCGAAACUUUGGGCAUGUGCAUUUGCAUACGCGCAACCAAAGCGGAUCUGAACCACGAGUUCCAAGUGCUGCCGCUCUGCAAUUUCUAUGGCUUCAGUCAGCAGAUAAUAAGCGCACAGAGCACUUGCAUUGUCUGGGAGAAUAUAAAGCGCGAUUUUACAAGCGAUGCGAACAGCGGCUUUUGCAACAAUCAAAUUGAAACUACUAUGCGCAUUAAGCUGCCGCGUCUAUUCCGGCAACUGCUCAAAACCGAAGGUGUGGACUUGAAGUUGAGCGACAUAAAUCCGUUUGAGGACGAAGCGUUAAUUAAUAAUUCGCUGCAUCGCUUUGUGCUCACCAAAGAGAUGCGUGAGAUACUCGAGGCGGCUAUAGUGCAUAAUGAAUAUGAAUUGCUGCUGCAGUUGUACAGCGAAGUGCCCGCCAAUGUGCUGCUGGAGGGGCCGGUGAAUCUAAGCAUAUUUGGCUAUCCAGAUGUCAAUACCGUGCGCUUUGCCAGCCAGUUAAGCUCGGUGAGCCGCAAAACGAAACGCACUUUUCGCAUAUCUGCAAUGAAUCUGCUGGACAAGCCCGUGUUUGCCAUUAUCAAGCUUUGCUUCUUUCAGCCGCUAACACAACGCAACGAUGCACUCGAUGCUUACAAUGAAAGUCCUUUGAGGACUGCCAAGCUGCAGCGCUGCAAUGUCUACGCGCCACCUCAGGAUAGCGAUGAUGGUCGUGAUAUACUCAAGGAGCUGUAUCGCAACUUUGAUGAGCUUAUGGGCAAUAUCAUAGCCUACAUUAUAAGCCAGGAUGUGAGCAGCGUAGAUGAGCGACGCGGCUACUUCUGCUGCCAACUGGGCAACCUACGCAAUAUGCUAAUGGAGCUUUGCGGCUCGGACUUUAACAUGCGCAUGCCCACGCAUACAAACAUUGAGUUUCGUGAAAUGCUUACGCACAUGUACGCGCAGCUUAUGCAACGCAUUGAGCAGCAGCUGCAAGCUUGCGGCUGGCAAAGUCUCGCCAAUUGCGUUGUGCAGCAUGAGAGCGAAGAGCUGCGCACUCGACGCUUGCUCGAGGAAUUUCGCACGCUUUGCCUGCUGGGCGACUGUGGCAUGGCCAAGCAGCUGCUGGAGCAGCUCAAAGUGCAGUGCAGCAACAAGCUGCUGCUUAACUUUUAUCUGCUGCUGCACGAUGUGGAGUUUGCCAACUAUGCAAGAGCCGCUGCCUACAUGCAGCUGAAGCGUGAAACCAACUGGGAUGGCGAAUACUUUGUCGAGCUGCUCAAGCUCUAUGUGGACUAUCAGCUGCAGCUUGCAGCGCAGCAAUCCGCUGGCGCAGCCUUUGCCGAGCUGCUGGAGCAACUGCGCGUGUUUACCCGAACGCACAGCUUGGAUCGCGAGGCUUGGAUUUUGCUCUACUGCUACUACAAGCGGCAUAAAUAUUUGCCUGGCAUGGAGUACACACGCUGGAAGUUUGAGGAUCUGUACGAUGUGCCGUCAAAGCAGCUGCCGCCUACGCCACGCCCACUCUACUGCGCAUUCAUGUCCAAUGUGAUUGAUCUAAGCAGCAAGGACUAUCGCACUGUGCGUUUCUAUGAGGUGUUUAAAAUGUUUGCACGCCUGGGCGCCUAUGAAUUUGCUGAGGUUGUCUUCAAUGACAUAGCCGAGCAGCUGCCCAUAGAGGAAAGUUAUUUGACAGUGACGACGCUUAAAAUGCUGCAGGGUAAAAUUGAGGAAAAAUAUCAAAUACUCAGCCCUACGACAAAGGACACUGAGGAAGGCAGAAUUAUGCGUUAUCGCCAUGCUCAUAUCAAUGGCAAUGCAGAGUACUCACGUCAGCGCUACGAUGAGGCCUUCAAACACUUCAGCAUCCUCUUAGAAAUCAGCAACGAUAAUGAUGAAGAUCUGCUGUGUAUGUUUUAUUUGAGCCUCUUGCGUCUGGCGCAGCUUAGCUUCAAUCAAGGCGAACUUGCGCUGGCUAAAGCGGCGUAUGAGAAAUGUUUGAUUGCCUGCGAUUCGCAGAAGAGCUUUGUGGCCAACUAUGGCCUAGCGCUAACGCUUUACUACUUAAAUGAGCUUGAGCGGGCCAUUGAGCACUUUGCACGCUGCACUGAGGCUGAAGUGUUUGUGCCCGAUGUGUGGGGCUAUUUGGCCAUAGCAAACUUGCGUUUGGCACGCAAUAAGACAGCUGCGAAUUGCUGGAAAAUGGCUAAGCUACAUCCCGAAUUGCCGCUGCACAAUCGCAUCUAUGCUGAGCUGGAGAAAAUUAAAUAUUCUGACAUUUCACUGCUGGUGGAUGACGAUGGCAAUCCCGCUGAAGAAUGGAUUGAACAUCAGUUUUAAACAUAACUGCCGCUCAUAUUCAAAAACACAUUAAAUCUUAAGCAAACACAGCAGCGGUAGCUAAAGUCGUUACUUUUGUUUAGGCAGAGCUCAGGGCUUUAAUUUUUAUAGCUUUCGAGCCACAUUGGUUACUUAAGUGACACUGCCAAACAAAUAAUAAAAAUAUGCGCCUAAGUAAA